AUGUGGGGAAUCUUUGUCCAAAAUGACAGACUAAGUAACUCUGGGGUAACCCUACCCCCUGCCACUGGGCCAAGUCCCACCGUGAACAUCACUCAGGAAAAAUGUGAGUACGUCAUCCAGGCGGACCGGGAGCGGGGAAGGGCCCGCCCGCACCUCCUGCCCGAGGAACGGAAGCAGCGGCGACGGCCCUCCCUUCCCAGCGCCGCCGGCUGCCGAGCGCGCGCUCCUGGGCCCGAGGCGGGCGGACCCGGCACCGAGUGCCGACCGAGUCCCAGCCGCCGGACCCCGCCUCCCAGGGCCACACCGAGUGUGCGGCUCCCCAGGCUCGGCCACGAGUUCUCGGCGGCCCGUGGGGACCGGACUGCACUAAUCCCCGAAGGACAGAAUGACACCGGGACGCCCGCUUCCACCUGCCGCUCCCUCGGCGAGAAGGUCGGGGGCGACGGCGCCACCAGCGACGAGGGCCGCCCCGCCACCUGGCCCCCCUGGGCCCCUCCGGCGGAGGCCUCCGGCUCCAACCCGCAGAGACGCCUGACCUGCCCGACCCCCAACUGCGAACGCUUCCCCCGUAACUUAGGGGCAGCUGCGACCAAGGCUGUGACGACGGGCUGGGGGGGAGGGGGCCGUGCGGACGGGGAGACCCCGGGGCCGGCCGGGCGGACCAGGGAGGGAACAGGUGGACCGUCGGGAAGGGCCCAGGGCAGCGACGGCAGCGGCUCUACCUCCGGGCCCGGCCGGCCCGCGACCUACGGCUCCUCGGGCGCCGCUCGCCCGUCCGCGGCCCGUCUGCGGCCGCCGACCUCCGCCGCCGUAAACACCCGCCGGCCACGGCGCCUGCGCGGCCAACGGCCCGACUGCGCGUGCGCCCCGGCCCGCGCCGGAAAGGGCGGGGCGGCGGCCCGGCCCCGCCCCCCGUCGGCCCCGUCCCCGAGGUCCGGGCUGCUAACUGACGCGAGGCCCCGGGGAGCCGGCUGUCGCCCGGCCGUCCUGGCGCCCUGCGGGGAGCGGAGCGCCACGGGCCGCGGGGCCGGGCGAGGGGCGGGUAAUCCUUCCGCGCGCCGCCGCGAGCCGGGGCCCCUCAGUGAGCACGACCGGCGGGGCAGGUGAGGCACAGCCACUGGCGGCGGCGGCUACCUCGGGUGGCCCGGGAGGGACGUUCAAGCCAGGAUGUGCGGGGCCAGGGAUCCAGCCUAGAGCGGGCCGCCCACCCCUCCUGAGCCCCGGCUGCCGGGCCGCCCACCCGCCUCGCCGGCGCCGGGCAGAACCGCCCCUUUCCCCGCCCCAGCAGAGAAGCCCCGCGGUUGGAGCAGGCCGCCGAGCUCCAGCAAAGUCGCUGUUCUGUCCAUAGGGACAGUGGAAGACAUCCCCAAUGACACCUAGUCCCCAUCUGAACCAGUGGGCGCUCAUGUCACGGCGUCUCGGUUCCUGGGUAUUGACAGCAAACAAAAAGGAUGGGAGGUAGGGGUGCGACUCAGCAGCCCCGUGCAAGUCCGCCGGUGCGAGGGAGAGGGAGGAGGAGGACGGCCGUGAGCAGAGGCUGGGGGCUCUUCCGUCCCCGGGGCCUGAGCGCCUCCUGCAGGAUUCCCGUCUCCGGUGACGGGGAGGGGAGUUUGGGCUAGAGGGCCCACUGGCCGGGUUUCUUUGGGUCCCACCAGGCGAAGAGAAGCUUUUUGAAUCAUGAAAAGGAGUGACAUGCCGGUGUGAACUGAAAGCUGCCCUGAGGCGGCGAGCAGCUGGAGCGCGGGAGCGAGUGCCUCCCACACGGAGGGCGUGUCCGCUCCGUCCACCGGGGGUGGGGGCUGCCCUGGUGAAGCUGACGGCCUGAGCGGGGCUGGCAGAGGGGCCGCACAGGCUGUCUGUAAGCCCGCUCCCGCCACGAGUCAAGAUCAUGCUGGGUUGUGUUCUUCAAAGUACAGCACUAAGGCGUCCUUUGCUUCAGCUCUGCCUGCUGUUCCAGGUCCAACAGCUCCUCAAUCGUCAGUCCCCGGAGCUCCUCGUGCCACCACCCUCCUCCACCCAGCUUGGAGGUGCCGGCCAUCUCAACCACAGGCUGGUGGUUUUUGCGACCUCCUCAUCCUUGGCAAAUCCUUUGAAGUCACAGGCUGCGACAUCACUAGGUGACAGUGAGUUUCAGUUCCAUUUUAGUCUAUGGGACCACGCUGCACAUGUGGUCCAUCAUUGAACAGAACGUAACGAUGUGGUGCAUGACCAUAAGCCAGCAAUGAACAAUUGGAAUUUGACGUUAAAAACACAAUAGCAUUUACAUUAGCAUCAAAAAAGGAAAUACUUAGGCAUAAGUCUAACAAAGUACAAGAUCUGUAUAAGAAAAACUACAAAACUCUGAUGAAAGAAAUCAAAGAUCUAAAUAAAUGCACAGAUAUUCCAUGUCCACGAAUAGAAAGACUCAAUGUAGUUAAAAUGUCAGUUCUUCCCAAUUGGAUCUGUAGAUUCAAUGCAGUCCAAUCAAAAUUCUAGCAAGUUAUUUUAUGGACAUCAACAGAAUGAUUCUAAAGUAAUGUGGAGAGGAAAAAACACAGUAGCCAACACAACAUUGAAGAAGAACAAAGCUGGAAGACUGACACACCCAACUUCAAGACUUACUGUAAAAUUAUGGUGAUCAAGACAGUGUGGUAUCGGUGAAAAACACAGACACAUAGAUCAAUAGAACAGAACAGAGAGCCCAGAAAUAGACCCCAACAAAAACAGUUAACUGAUGAGUGACAAAGGGGUAAAGACAACACAAUGGAGAAAGGACAGUCUCUUCAACAAUUGGUACUUGCACAACUGGACAUCCACAUGUGCAAAAACUAGUCUAGACACAAAUCUCACAAUGUUCACAUGGAAGUUCUAGAAAAUAACAUAGAAGAGAAUGUAGCUGACCUUGGGCAUGGCAAUGAUAUUUUACAUACAACACCAAACAUGAUCCAUAAAAAAAAAAAGAUAGGCUUUAGUUAAUAAUG